GUGUCUCUCUCUAGAAGCCGCACAGAGGAAGAGAGGUGGGGACCAAGUGAGCUGACACUGCCUGGGGUUUGGUUUAGCAGGUGACCAGUGCUUGUUGUCCAAAGGAGCACGAGUGGGGCUCGCGGAGGCGGCUGCAGGUGAAGAUGUCCCACCCGGAAUCUCGCUAUUCCUUCGAUGUCCCAAACAAUUGCAUCGACUUCGCAGCUCUGGGUGAGGAGGAGGAUGAUGUACCCAAUGCAGACUCCUGGUUUGACCAAAAAGCCAACCUGGAGAACAUCCCUCCUGCAGGAAACCUGGCAAAAGGCUCCCAGAGCAGCCCUGCUUUUUCAAAGCCUGAUAUUAUUCUGUCUGUCACAUCACAAGAAAUAACAAUGGGUGAAGGCGAUGGGGAAGCAGAAUGUGUGCGGCCCCAUGAGGCUCCUCAGAAUAUCAUUGGAUCCCUGACGAACUGGAGAGCUGCUGCUCCUGCAGAGGCCCCUCAAAGAGCGGGCAGAAGACAGGCCACGAGGCAGAGAAAAGCACAGCAACACACCCAGCCAGCUAGAGUCAAAGCAGAGGGAAAUGCCUUGGCUAAUAAGGAAGAGGUUCCACCUCCAAAGAAAAGGAGAAUUUCUAGCAACAGAGAGAAGCAGGCAGAAGGAUCCACCAAGAAAGAGCCCCUGCAGAAUCGUGGGCCCUCCCCAGGGAGAGGGAGAAGCAAACUGACCAUGCCCUCCACGCCAACCAUGUUAAAGAGGACCAAUCAUUCUGGCAAGCUGAAGAGUACCGAGGAACAGGAGCUGGAAAAGAUGCAGCAAUUCCAGCGGGAGGUUAUGGAGCUGAGGAGGAAGAAUGAGGAGACUCUGAAAGCAGCCAUUGCUGGAGCAGGACAACCCGUGAAGAGGGCUGUUGGUCAAGUAACAAAGGCAGUUGACUUCCACUUCUGCACAGAGGACAGAAUUAAACAGCAUGUGGAAAGCCAGCCCAGGAACGAGUACAAGGAGGUGGAUUUUGCAGCAGAGCUAAGGAAGCAUCCUCCCUCCCCGAUGCGGACGCUGAAGGGACCCACUAUUGCCAAACCUUUCAACCUGUCCCAGGGAAACAAAAGAAAACUUGAAGAGAACACAUCCGAAUAUGUGUCCCUUGCUGAGCAGGUGGAAGCAUUCCAAAAAACCACACCCCCUCGUUACCAUUUGAGGAGCAGGAAAUCUGAUGAAGGCCCACCUCCAGGGAAGGCUGUGAAGGCUCGGUUUACCAACCCUAAAACACCAUUGCUUCUGACAAAGCAGCGCUUCAGACCUGCCACCUGCAAAACUACAGCAGAGUUAGAAGCAGAGGAAAUGGAGAAACUUCAACAGUACAAAUUCAAAGCACGAGAACUCAAUCACAGGAUCUUUGAGGGUGGGCCACUCCUGCCCAAGAAACCCACUGUGAAGGCACUCACACAGCCCAUUGGCUUUGAUUUGGAGAUAGAAAAAAGGAUUCAGGAGCGAGAGAGUAAGAAGCAGCAGGAGGAAAAGCACUUUGAAUUCCAUUCCAGGCCAUGUCCCACGAAAAUCCUGGAGGAUGUUGUGGGUGUUCCAGAGAAGAAAGCUCUUCCUGUUACAGUCCCCAAGUCUCCAGUCUUCACCUUGAAAAGCAGAACCCGAAUGUCUGGCAAAGAUGAAGAAAAGGAAAAAGAAGAGGUGCCCGUGAUCAAAGCCAACCCCAUGCCACAUUAUGGAGUGCCCUUCAAGCCUAAAAUGCCAGAGCAGAGGCACGUGGAAGUUUGCCCCUUCUCUUUCGACGCCCGUGACAAGGAGCGGCAAAUGCAGAAAGAGAAAAAGAUGGAAGAACUGCAGAAGGAAGAGGUGCCCAAGUUCAAAGCGCUGCCUCUGCCCUACUUUGACCACGUGAAGCUGCCAGAAAAGAAGGUCAAAAAGCCAACUCAGCCUGAGCCCUUCAACCUGCAGGUGGAUGAGCGGGGAGCUGCCAAGCUCCAGAGCUGGAAACAGCAGCUUAAAGACGACUUGAAAAAGCAGAAAGAGGCAGCUUGUUUUAAAGCUCGUCCCAACACAGUGGUGUACCAGGAGCCUUUUGUGCCCAAGAAGGAGAAUAAGUUGUUAUCAGUUCCUGAAAGCUUUGAGCUGGCAACAGAAAAAAGGGCUAAAGAGCGGCAAGAGUUUGAAAAGUACUUGGCAGACAAAGAGGCCGUAAAGGAGAGGCUUCAAGAGAAGGUGAAACAGGAGCAAGAGGAGCGUGAGAAGGAAGAAGUUGCUAAGUUAAGGCAAGAAAUGGUUCACAAGGCAAACCCGAUACGCAGAUACCGCAGCUUAGAAGUGAAGUCCAGUGAGCAGCCACUGACCAUGCCGAAGUCUCCCAACUUCUCGGAUAGAUUCCGGUGCUGAUUCACAUCCAUGUGAUGGCAGGAGGGAGAUGCCAUCUUUCUCUGCUCCCUUGGUAGAGAGGGAACAGUCGUUCUUAUGUGGCUGCUCAGUCUCAACCUCGUUCCAUUAGUGUUCUCUCGAGUAGUUCACCUCCACCUGAGGCACAGCAACUGGCCCUGCCACACGGCCUCACUUCAUCUCCCCACCUCUUGCUCUCUAAAGACUAGACCAGGUUUUGGUCUUGUAUGCAGAUAUUGUGUACCUGAACUAAAUAAAACUCCCAGCCUGCUGGCUCACUCUUGCUAGUGGGCUGAAUCCCUCUCCUGCAGAAGAGGUUUUGGUA